AUGACGGAAAACGUGUCCAUUGCCAUCGGGCUGGUCGGCCCUGGCGCCGUGGGCCGCGCCCUCCUGGAGCAGCUGCGAGUAGAGACCCCCAACCUCUUCAACAAGUACCGGAUCGACCUGCAGGUGCAGGGCAUCCUGAACAGCAGCCAGGUCAUCCUGGGCAAGGAGGGGCAACCCAUCAACCUUGAAACCUAUGGGGAACAGCUCCUGGAGUCGUCCGCCGACGCGAGCCUGGGGGUGCUGACGCAGCACCUGCGUGCCUUGCCGCUGCCGCACAAGGUUAUCAUCGACUGUACCGCCUCAGCAUAUGUACCGCAGUUCUACCGCCGCUGGAUGGAGCAGGUGGGGUCCUCACUGUUACCGCCGUGGGUGGUGUGCUUUGCCUGGUUACGUCCCGGCAGGGGCAUCCACAUUGUUACCCCCAACAAGAAGCUGAACAGCGGUCCGCUGGCCGAGUACCUGGCGGUGAAGCAGCUGCAGAAGGCGGGGAGCGCCCACUACAUGUAUGAGGGCACCGUGGGGGCGGGGCUGCCGGUGAUGAGCACCCUCAAGCAGCUGCUGGACACGGGGGAUGAGGUGCAGCGCAUCGAGGGCGUCUUCAGCGGCACCCUGUCCUACAUCUUCAACGAGCUCGCGCCCGGCAAGGCGUUUAGCGAGGUGGUGUCGGGCGCGCGGCGGCGCGGCUACACCGAGCCCGACCCCCGGGACGACCUGUCGGGCAUGGAUGUGACGCGCAAGGUGAUCAACCUGGCUCGUGAGUGCGGCAACAAGAUCGAGCUGUCCUCAGUAGACACAGAGAGCCUGGUGCCGGAGCCGCUGCGCAAGGCGCAGUCGCCGCAGGAGUUCAUGGACUCUCUGCACGAGUACGACGACAUAAUGGCUGAGCGGGUGCAGCAGGCAGACAGGCACGGCGAGGUGCUGCGUUAUGUGGGCUCGUACGACGCAGAGAGCGGCGUGUGCCAGGUGCUGCUGCGGCGGUUCCCCAAGUCGCAUCCAUUUGCCAACCUGGCCGGCACAGAGAACAUCAUUUCCUUCACCACGAUGCGGUACAGCAACCCGCCGUUGAUAGUGCGGGGACCGGGCGCGGGCCCCGCGGUGACGGCGGCGGGCGUGUUCAGCGACUUGAUAACGCUGUCGAGGUACCUCGGGGCGCCCUCAUGAAGGGGGCAGGCAGCUGGCAGCCGCUGGCGAGGGCAGCCGGCAGCAUCCUCCCUUCCGGACAAGGAGCGCCGGCCCCUGCGUGUGGUGCGGCGCGCCCCAUUUUUUUGAGUAGAUUGGAGUUCUAGAUUGGAGUUCCCUUGCUGAGUGUGAAGCGUGAAGCCGC